AACACGUACACUGCUUCAACACGUGUGCCAGGAAUCUCUCCAAUCGAUCUCCCGUAGGCGAGAGUACUCCUGCCCUUUUCUCGAGCCCAAAGUGACCGUAAUCGGAGGCAGAGGGCGUAUUUACGCUCCGUGCGUAAUCUAGAACCGGCCCGUAUUCCCUGCAAUUGAAACCAGGGCCUCUCUCUCUCUCUCGCCCCUCCAUUGGAAGAAUGAUGCAGGCGUACAGAAGGUGCGCAGCGCACCAGUCUCUGUUGAAACCCUCACAUGUUCUCACCUCUCUCAAUUCCAUUCAUCCUCUCUCUGAAAAUGGAAUCGAUCAUCCACGGCUAGGAUCGACUCUCGCCACAAAGGGCGUGGGGCAUCUUGUUCGGAAAGGCACUGGCGGAAGGUCAUCCGUUAGUGGAAUUGUUGCAACUGUGUUUGGAGCUACUGGGUUUCUAGGUCGAUAUGUGGUGCAACAGCUUGCUAAAAUGGGAUCUCAAGUCCUGGUUCCUUUUCGAGGUUCUGAGGAUUCUCAUCGACAUCUCAAAUUGAUGGGUGAUUUGGGUCAGAUUGUACCAAUGAAAUACAACCCAAGAGAUGAAAAUUCAAUUAAGGCGGUAAUGGCAAAGGCUAAUGUUGUUCUUAAUCUCAUUGGAAGGGAGCAUGAAACAAGAAACUACAGUUUUGAGGAAGUGAACCAUGCUAUGGCUGAACAGCUUGCAACGAUUGCUAAAGAACAUGGUGGGAUCAUGAGAUUUAUACAAGUUUCUUGUUUAGGGGCAUCCCUGUCCUCACCAUCCAGGAUGUUAAGAGCUAAAGCGGCUGCAGAAGAAGCCAUUUUGAGAGAAUUACCUGAGGCCACCAUCAUGAAGCCCGCUGUCCUGAUUGGUACGGAAGAUCGGAUUCUAAAUAGAUGGGCACAAUUUGUGAAAAAGUGGACCUUCCUUCCACUCAUGGGCGAUGGGUCUACAAAAAUCCAGCCAGUCUAUGUUGUCGAUGUUGCUGCUGCAAUUGUCGCGGCCUUGAAGGAUGAUGGCACCAGUAUGGGAAAGGUUUAUGAACUUGGUGGGCCGGAGGUUUUUACCAUGCAUCAACUGGCAGAACUGAUGUAUGAAACCAUCCGCGAGUGGCCCCGUUAUGUGAAAGUUCCUUUCCCCAUUGCGCAGGCUAUUGCAUCCCCUCGAGAAUUCUUGUUAAACAAGGUCCCAUUUCCUCUACCAACACCUGAUAUUUUCAAUCUGGAUCAGAUCAACUCUCUCACUGUGGACACAGUUGUGUCCAAAAAUGCUCUAACUUUUGAAGAUCUCGGGAUAGUUCCCCAUAAGCUGAAGGGCUAUCCUAUUGAGUAUCUGAUAUCAUAUCGGAAGGGCGGGCCUUCAUUUGGUUCUACAAUCAGCGAAAGAGUAACCGGAACAGAAUUCUAGUCUGUAGUUUGCGGAUAUCUUUUCAACUCAUAUGUUUGGGGUUCAUGCUGUGUUCCCACCACAGACUUCGUUCAAGCAAAGAUAUGAUGUGCCCUUUGGAUAUUUUGAGCUGAGGCCCUCUUCUUUUUCAAUUUUCUACAAUAAUUAAAUGAAUAUUGAAACUGUUAAUACAUUUUUCUGUUUAUUUCUUGUUGUAUUAGAGAACCCUUCUGCAGGACGGAAGAGCUGUUUUUGCUCUUGUAAUCUCUCCUAUUUUUUGUUUUGUUUUUUGUUUUCUCAAAGGACAUGGAAUUUUUAGGCUUUUGGAUGGCCCAUUUUCUAUGGAAAAAUAAAGAUGUCAAAUGGGGCUGAUCUUGAACAAUGAUAAAGAACAGCUCCUUUGGUUGUGUC